AAAUAAGGUGCUGGUAGCUGGAUUUUGUUACCUCCAGACAGAGGCAGACUAGCUGUUUCACCAUUAUCACUCUUUAUGCUAAGCUAAACUGACUUGUGGAAACAAUGUGGUUGUGACUGUGACAUUCAUGUUUUGUACUUGCAUUUUACAAAGCAAUUAUUUUAAUAUCUGGGAAAUUUUAUUAGAAUUUCAUUUGAAUACACAAUCCAAUGUAUACUUCUGUCCCCCAGGUGUAAAUACGAGAGCCAAGUGUAAAUGUUUGCUUGCACAUGGAAAAAAAGACAGAUUUCAUGUCAUUAUAUCAAAUGGAGACAUGUACGCACACACAAAUACACUAGUCGGAAUGUAGCCAGACGCACAGAGCACUGAUGUCUGUUAUUGCACGCAUGCUCCAUCAGUCAUUGGACUACAUAGGGAGCAACAGGGAGGUCCUGUGCUCUUUGUUGUUGGUGUGUCUAGUCCCUUGUUAAAGAAUUGAUGGCACUGUCUUUGGAAAACAAACAUGGCGGGAAGCUAAAAAGGUGGUCACUCACCACAGCUCUCUGACCCAGAGACAGAGGCCAUUGCAACAUGUAUGCAACGCUGCAACGUCCCCCUUGGAAUGUGCUGCAGUGUGUGUGCACACGCUCCUGUUUGUGUUUUAGUGUUGCCACAGCUGGAAUGUGACUGUCUUGUGCCUGAAUGUGUGCCUUUGUGUGUUUUAGUGUCAGCGUCCUGUGUGCAAAAUGAAACACCGUGAUAAAAGAAACCUUGUUGGCACCGCUCCUUUUUUUUUGGUCAUACGUGCAUUAUGUUGCUAGAUGCCAAAAUAAAUGUUCCACAUAUCAAUGUCAAGGAAAUGCAGAGAAGGUACCUGUGAAUGUUUGGCUGACUAACUCAUUGAUCUGGAUGUGACACACUCCCCCCGCAGGCACUGUCUUGCCAGAGGCUGCUCCUGUCACUCCUUGCUCUGACUCACACUUCACAUCACAGCCCCGACCGUGGUCCCGGGGCCUCCCCGGUACGUACACACCAAACCCUGCCCUGGGCCCCCGAGCCUUGUUCUGGAAGCUCAAAUCCCAUAAUUGCAGGGCUGACAGUGAUAGCUAACAUACGAGACACCCUCACCUGGUUGGAAAGAAUGAAAACAUCUACUGUCAAAGUGAAGCGAGGAGAUGAAUGGGGGUGGUACCAGGUAUGGAGAAAGUGAGUAACAUCUGGGACAAAACAGGAGGGGAAAACAGUAACUCAGUGUUCUGUGAUGACCCGUGUUAGGAUUAAUUGUUCCACUAAAGUUACUUAAAAAGGGGUUACUAAUUAUAGUUAAUAACGCUGUAUUAAUGGUUAAUAAGUAAUGUAUUCAUGGUUUAUUAAUCAGAAAUCAUUUGACCCAUUGUUAGUAUAUUAAUAUUGAUUUGAGCUGCUUUAACAACACAAUCUUGGUUGGCCCCACUAUAGCCAAAAAGCUUUCCAACAGAGUCACGAUCCUGUAGGGGAGAGCAGGUUGGAGUGGCCCUCGUUUAUCAACCACUUGAGCUCCUGCAGACAGCUGUGGGGAGAGCACAGAGGAGCCAGCGUGUUUACACCACAGCUCAGCCGAGGCCCUCAGGACAGAACAGAUGAAGAUGCUUGCACAUACUCAUUCACACAACAUUAUAUGAUGAACUUACUCAAACCGUGUUGAGCCCAAGCAUAAUAGCCGUCUGUUCAGUUAAGGUUUAAGUUGAUAUUUAUGAUGGGAUGUACGGCCUGGCCCUCUGAAACAGAGCUGGCACUGUAUGGCAGAUAUGUUGUCUGUUACUCGUUUGAUCUGAAUACCUGUAUGUGUUAUUUUACUUAUAAAAUGGAAGACAUUGCUGUGCAGAAAAACAAUCAUGCCAGAAGUUGUGGUCAGUGGCUUCUUCUAUCUACAGUAUGAGUGCCUACUGGGAAGCUCCUGAUGCAAUGUUUAACGAGGCUGUGGCACCACCUUGUGGCGAAUUAUUCUAUUGCAGUGUCAGCAACAACAAUUGCAACAGCCGAUGAGUUUGGGCUUUCUUGAACUUUGACUUGACCGGGAUCAGUGCUGGGAUUGGCUUGACGGAUACACCUGGAUUCCAAUUGGUCAAUCCACUCACACCCACUUUACAUCCUCCAAAUCCAAGUUGAAAGUCCUCCUUCAUCCCGUUAAGUGUACCGGUAGACGCUUGUCGCUCAUUGUCGUCACAGUCUCCAGUGAAUAGCAACUAUGUCGGUGUUUCGUGAGGUCCCCCAAGCAGCCCCUGUGGCUGUCUUCAAGCUAUCACAGGAUUUCAGUAACGACCAAUUUCCCAAAAAGGUGAACCUCGGAGUGGGAGCCUACAGGACAGACGAGGGUCAGCCAUGGGUUUUACCAGUGGUGAAAAAGGUGGAAAAGAUCAUUGUGCAUGAUGACCGGUUAAACCAUGAGUACCUGCCCAUCCUGGGCCUGCCUGAAUUCAGAUCCUCAGCCUCUAAGAUUGCACUGGGAGAUGACAGUCCUGCCAUCCAGGAGAACAGGGUGGGAGCUGUCCAGUGUCUGGGUGGUACAGGUGCUUUGAAGAUGGGUGCAGAAUUUCUCAGGCGUUUCUAUAAUGGAAACAACAACACCAAAACACCAGUCUAUGUGUCCGCACCUACCUGGGAAAAUCACAAUGCUGUAUUCGCCAAUGCUGGUUUUGAGGAUAUCCGUUCAUACAAGUACUGGGACGCAGAGAAGAGGGGCCUCGAUUUUGCUGGUUUCCUUGGAGACCUGGAGAGUUGUCCAGAGCACUCUAUCUUUGUCCUGCACGCCUGUGCCCAUAAUCCAACUGGCACAGACCCCACACACGAGCAAUGGAAGCAGAUUGCAGACACUAUGAUGAGAAGGAAUCUGUUUGUGUUCUUUGACUCGGCUUAUCAGGGAUUCGCCUCAGGCAGUCUGGAUAAAGAUGCCUGGGCGGUCCGCUACUUUGUCUCAAUGGACUUUGAAAUGUUAUGCGCCCAGUCGUUCUCCAAGAACUUUGGCCUCUACAAUGAGCGUGUGGGCAACCUGACCAUUGUGGCUCGUGAUGCAGACAACCUGAAGCGAAUUCUGUCCCAGAUGGAGAUGAUUGUCAGGACCACUUGGUCCAACCCACCGUCUCAGGGAGCUCGCAUUGUUGCCAUCACUCUUAACUCAUCUGAGCUCUUUACUGAAUGGAAGGACAAUGUGAAGACCAUGGCUGACAGGGUCUUGUUGAUGAGGGCUCAACUGAAAGCUAAGCUCCAAGCUCUGGGAACACCGGGCACCUGGGACCACAUCACAGAGCAGAUUGGCAUGUUCAGCUUCACAGGCCUUAACCCCAAACAAGUGGAAUAUAUGGUGAAGGAGAGACACGUCUAUCUAAUGGCCAGUGGUCGCAUCAACAUGUGCGGUUUGACCACCAAGAACAUAGACUACGUGGCUGAGUCCAUCCAUGAGGCCGUCACCAAGGUCCAGUAGAAGACUACACUACCCGCACUUGUCAGUUCUUCCUCCUGCCGGGCCCUGAGCCACCUGAUUCCAGUGAAAGUGUUUGUAUCCAGCAGAUUUCCUGGAGCAAACAUAAACUCUCAUUUGCACAAAUAUAAAGACAGCCCUCAGCUCACUGGCCCUGUUUCCUCUUCUUUUCAGUGUUUGUGCUAAGCUUGGCUAAACACAUCCUGGACCUAAGUCUAUCUGAAUGCACAAAUAAGAAUUAUUCCUUUAAUUAAUUGUGUUAUAAUUUGUCCCUGUUUUCUUCGUGUUGGUCUCCCACUUAUAGUUGUGUGACGUCGCAGAUUUUGUACAUGUAGUGUACUAUUAGUGUAUGUGUCAUUAUUACCAGGACCUUUAAGAGGGUUAGGACAUGUGUGUGUUACAAUUACCUCAGCAGUGCUGACUCAACUGUCUAAAAAUUUUUAAUGUCAUACUGUUAUGAAUCAUCCAUUCCAGGUGUUAAUAACACAUUUCCAAUUUUAUUUAACCUGCACUAAUUAGCAUGAAUGAUUAAAGGUUGUUAAGAGCACUGACCAAAACAGACUCAAUGUAGCUUUAAUUAGAGGUAGCAAUUAUAAUAAAUGUAAUAGGUAUUUAAUUCCUCUCUCAGUGAAGUAGCAGUAUUACGUUUACUGCUGGGUGCAAUGUGAACAAGAGUUCUCAGGAAGAUAUUUUUUAACUUGAACUACGUAAGUUAUUAAUGAUACCUUCUUCUGCCCAAAGGGGUUAUACCAUUAAAUCACUUUUAAUCUGUAUUUAUGGAGUGUUAUUUCUAGUUUAUGUUCAGUGAGCACAAAUUGAAAACUAUCCUAACUAAUCUCUGUUCUCGGCUCACAGCUGAACAUACUGUUUCUGGUUCUGUCAGGCACCUGCCAAGUGAACGUUGAGUUUGCACAGCGAAUGUCUGUUGGUAGCACUAGUGCACUACUAAAUGUAAGAUCCUCAUGUCAGUGGCACAAACGCACUAAUUAUCAACCAGCUUGUCUCUCCUUAUAGACCUUCUAAUGAGAUGAACUAUUCUAAUAAAGAACUAUAAAUAGUA